AUGUAUGCUAAUUCAGGCACAUCAACUAAAAUUCCUGAUGGUUCUCAUAUUGUACUACCCUCAAGAUCUCGAGGGAGUAUGCAGCAUCAAGAAAAUACUUUUAAGCGGUCUACUAGUGCUUCUGACGUUUCAUUCUUGGGUAGAAGUCCUCGUCGAAUGAGCCGAAAAGCAACCAAUAGAAGAUCCACCAUGUCUUCUAUCGAAGCAGCCAACAGCACAAUGAUGGUAUCUACGCAAUUCCAAUCAGAUAUGCUUGUAGACAUGCAGUCAUUUUUCUUGCCUGAUGUAGCAUCGUAUAGCAGUUGCUCUGCUUCUUCAAGCUCACCUCAUUCUGUUUAUGCGGAUAUGAAUGACUUUAUUCCAUGUGUCGAUCCCUUUGAAUUUGAAAGAAGUUCUGAUGAACUCACCAAGCUUUUGAACAAAGUCUUUUAUGAACAAAAAGACAAUCAUGUAAGUGCGGAUAUGGUACGUUCAGCGACUACCACCUCCACUGCUUCCUCAUCAUCAUCCCCUAUACACCACUUGCGACACACUAUGUGUGGAAGUAUUAUACCCCAUGCUUCAUGUUCAGCACUUGUCGGACAACCUCAAAAAGAAUCUGUCAUGGUAACCAUCACGCCUCUUUCAAACCAGCAACAAGAAGUACCUCAAUUUGACUCUCACCAAGCGUCUUCAAGCCGAAUUGUAACAUGUUAUUUCGGAAGCAACUGUGUUUGUCCUGGAUGUCUUGUUCAUCCCAACAAUGCCACUCUUAUGCAAAAUUCAAUUUAUUCCAAUUAUAACUCUGAUGAUGACGAGCAAUUUAUUUAUCCUCAACCAACAAUGUCUGAUACUAUGUUUUAA